AAUGAUUAAACCGAACCAGAUAAUUCUAGAGAGGAAAUAGAUGCUAUGAAGCAGUUGGAGAAAGAAUGCCACAGCAUUGACUGCUACAUUCCCUGUGCAGAUUAGAUUUUCGAGUUUAAUUUGAAAAGAAGCUCGACUUCUGCUGUCAGCACAUAAUAAGUUAAACCCACCUCACCAUAUCCAAUGAAAGAACAACAAUGUUGUUACCACAUGGAUGGCGUCUGGGUCCCGCCUACAAGUAAAGUUCCGGAGUAACUUUGAGGUGCCAUGGUGCUGAAAGUGUCUUAGGGAGGAGAGGCCGACUGGACAGUGCGGUUACGGAGGUCUCGGAGAAGGGGCAAUGUCAGCAGAGGGUAAUCCGCAGGAGGGGAACCCCAGGCACUGCGGCGACAAUCCGCCUGAGCAGCGACUCUACUCCGACUCAACGCUGCGCUGCAUCGCGGAGCUGCGGGAACGGGCGCUGAAACACAGCGCAGACUGGCCGCUCGGUCUCCGCAAUGAAUUCCUGCUCAGGUUUCUGAGAGCCCGAGACUUCAACAUCGAGCUGGCGCUGAAGCUGCUGGCCAAUUAUCAUAAAUGGAGAGCAGAAUGCCCCGAGAUCUGUGCAGACCUGAGGCCUUUAACAGUCAUGGGCCUCCUGAAGGCUGGUUACCAUGGCGUUUUAAGGUCUCGUGAUUCCAGUGGAAGCAGGGUUUUGAUAUACAGAAUUGAACACUGGGAUCCCAAGCUUUUCACAGCCUAUGAAGUGUUUCGUGUCAGUCUCAUUACAUCAGAACUAAUUGUGAAGGAGUUGAAAACCCAACUGAAUGGUGUGAAGGUUAUUUUUGAUCUUUGUGGCUGGCGAUUUGCUCAUGCUCUGCAGAUCAGUCCAACUGUUGCCAAAAGAAUUGCUGCCGUGGUUGUAGAUUCCUUUCCUUUGAAGGUCCGAGGUAUUCACAUGAUCAAUGAGCCCGUACUGUUUGAUUCAGUCUUUGUCUUCAUUAAACCAUUCCUGUCAGAAAAAAUCAAACAGCGUAUUCACAUGCACGGAAGCAAUUACCAGCACAGCCUUUGUAGGCACUUUCCAGCUCAGAUUCUUCCUCCUGAAUAUGGUGGCCAAGGACCUGCUUAUGAGGAGAUCUGUCAGGAAUGGACUGAAUUUGUCCUACAGUCUGAGAAAGAUCUUCUUGAACUUUCACUAGUUACUUGAUACUUCAUGCCAAAAUGUCCAAUGUUUGAACAACACUACUGUACAUCACUUUUGUUAAUUAAUGUAAUAUAACUGGAAAGACUAACUAUGUUUUAUAGAACAAGCAGGUAUCAAGUUAUGCACUAUGAUGUAGUAUAAGCAGAAAUUAAUUGUAAAAGCUAUCAAAUUUGAACAAAGUACUUGGUUUUUGAUAUUUCAGAUUACAGUAAAUUAAGCUUUUAUUACUUUGUAUUUUGGUUUCUGAAUACAUUAUUUUAAAGUUUAAUACUUAAAGCCUUAGGAACAGAUACCUUCUGCAGUGGUUCAACUAAUUUGUUCACUCAGUUUUAAUAGUUGCUGUUUUGAAAUAGAAUCCUUUACUGUGUUCUGAAAACAUACCGAAAGCCUGUUGUACGAGGCAAAUACCUUCUGUAUUUUUAUUUGCCAUUGCAAUAAUUUUGGAAAGAAAAGUGCAAAAAUCCAUGAAUUAGACCGUAAGACAUAGGAGUGGAAGGAAGGCCAUUCGGCCCAUCAAGUCCACUCCGCCAUUUAAAUCACGGCUGAUGGGCAUUUCAACACCACUUCCCUGCACUCCCCCCGUAGCCCUUGAUUCCUUUUGAGAUCAAGAAUUUGUCAAUCUCUGCCUUGAAGGCAUCCAACGUCCCGGCCUCCACUGUACUCUGCGGCAAUGAAUUCCACAAGUCCACCACUCUCUGGCUGAAGAAAUGUGGUCUCAUUUCAGUUUUAAAUUUACCCCCUCUAAUUUUAAGGCUGUGCCUUAUAAGAAACAAGAACAAAACAGUAAAUCUACAAGGCUCUUCUGUAUCCUGGGGACAGGGUUGUCGGUGGGGGGCGCGGUGGUGACAUCAGGGGAGAUCUAAGCUUUCCCUGUGGCACUGGGGGUACAUGUCUGCCUUUUGUGACCUCACAAAUGCAGUGUUGUUUAAUAAAACUAAAAGCCUUUUUUUUGUCUCUCUCCUGCCCUCUCCUUGUCCCUGCCUCAAUCCAGUUCGGUGCUGGGCUGGCUUGACAUUAAAAGAUACUUGUUAUUUCCUGCUCAGGCCACCUAACAAAGCUUAUUGUGAAGUUUUCAGGCUAACAUUGGGUUGUGAUUUUUAAAAGGACUCUGCCAGUCUUGGGAGGGUGCCUUUAUCAAUGACUAACUGGAAAGUAGAUUCUGCUGACUCUAAAACACAUCAAUGGCACCUGGAUUAUUUUAAUUGUUGGCCGAUCUGGAUUCCACCAAGUCAGCAAAGUUAAAUUUGUUGCAAAGUUUUUACAUUAAGCUAGAAAUAGUCUGACUUGAUUGAAGUGAAAA